GUGUGCCGGUUUCAAUCCACGCGUGGCGUGAGAAUCAUGUAGGAUGAUGGGGGCCUGGAUGACGCGCGCCCUGAGGAAUUUCAACCUGGAGAACCGGGCCGAACGCGAAAUCAGCAAAAGGAAGCCCUUGUCCGCGCCCCGGCACCCCACUACCAAGAACCUCCUGCAGGAGCAGAUGAACCAGUAUCCAGAGAUUCAGGGAGAAAUCGUGCGGAAAGAUAACACCCUGUUGUCACUGCUCAGAGACGUGUAUGUGGAUUCCAAAGACCCGGUGUCUCCUGCGCAGCAGGUUAAAGAUGCUGGAGUACAUCAAGAAUCAAAAGAGUUCAGAUUGCCAAAAGGCCAUCACUUUGAAAUGAUGAAUAUCAAGAGCAUUCCCAAAGGCAAAAUUUCCAUUGUAGAAGCAUUGACACUUCUUAAUAAUCAUAAGCUUUAUCCAGAGACAUGGACAGCUGAGAAAAUAGCAGAAGAAUACCAUCUAGAGCAGAAAGAUGUAAAUUCACUUCUCAAGUACUUUGUUACUUACGACAUCAAAAUUUUCCCUGCUAAUGACAAGAAGGCAAUACAACCAAAAUGAAGAAUUCAUAAAAUUAAUUGUCCUGUAUACUCUUCAUCCUUUACCCUAUUUUCUUGGUUUUAGGAUAUUAUAUUGAUUACAGAAUGUUUAUAAUGUGCUCUCCUUUUAAGAAUCUACUAUUUAUUGAGCUUGUUGACUUCCGGGAUUUCUGACAAUUUUGUUGUGAGCUUCAAUUAAGGAAUUUGUACACAAUGUAGUAUCAGCAUGUCUAAUUAUACAUUUAUUAUAAAUAAAGGACUCAUUGUGUUA